CCGUCAAACCCGGCCGGCUGUUAGUACCUGUUUGCCUGAGACCACCUUUUUAAAUCCGCCUUGGUACAUGAGCAGAGAAUAUGCGAGAAACAAGAUAACAACAAAGAGACCACCUUUUGCAACUCUUAUGGUAGUUCAUAUGAAAUGUCUUAUCGUUUAAUGGCUCUUUACUCUCCUGCAAAUUUUUACGGGAAUAGUACGCGAACAGACCUAUCUUAUCCAAAACAUAUGAUAUACAAUGGCUAGGUCUAAAAUAAAACACAAUAAUAACCUACCGAUCGAGUUUACAAUUUUGAGAAAUAAUUUUACUUUACUUAACUCCCACACACAACUUCUAAAAAACAACAAUGAUUAUCUGCGGGAAUAUUUAUUUCGAUGAAAUGAACAAAACAUUUGUAAUGCAAUGUGUAAUUUGCGAGAAGAAGUCGAAGGCAUAUACAGAAUUCACAAAGCACAUCAAGAAAAAACAUAAAACAUUAAAUGCUGAGGAUAGGCAUCGGGAAAAUCAAGUAUCCAUAACGCCUCCUCCACAGACACUUGUGAAACGAGAGGACCAGUUCGACCCGGAGGAAUAUGAAGAAGAAAAACCUCUUAUACAAAUUAAACAUGAUAUGGAAAUGGAGAUAUUGGAUGGCUUGAGUGAUGUUGUCAAAUACGAUAUAAUUGAGCCGGUGGAGACAGCAGUUGUUGAUCCAAUGGCUUUGGACGAAAAUGAAACGUUGGAUGUUGCUGAAAUUGCGAAUGAUUUUGACAUAAAAGAUGAGGAUUAUGUGCCAGAAAACGACAAUGACUCCGAGGACGAUUGCGAAAAUUACGACGAAGAAAAUGAUGGUGCAAGUUCUGAGACAGAUGAAAAUGAAGAAAUGCCCGUUUCCGACAAGUUCAAUCCAACAUUUUUCCGCAGAAAACGCUUUGUGAACGAUUUUUUGGAUUUAUAUAAAGGACAGCCUGUUUUAUGGGACAUAAAACACCCCGACUUUGAAAAUCCUGCUGCCAGAAUGGAAUCGGAAAAGGCUAUGAUAAAAGGCAUGCAAAAGUUUAACAUUUAUAUGAAGUCAUCUACAUUGAAUCGUGCAUUAAACACUGUCCAUAAGUACUGUGCCAUAAUUAAGCACAAUUUAGAAACAGGAGAACCGAAACAAUUUCCAGAUUUUACCAUGGGCUAUUACAGCAAAUGUGAAUUCCUCAAAGAUCUGAUAAUUAAAAAGAAUAUCUCUGGCGUUAAAGGCUCCAAUAAGACGAGACCACUUGAGUUCAAAGAAACGAAUGAAACCACAACAGUAUUUAUUGAAACGUAUGCAACAUUUCCAAUUCUAUAUGACGGCGAGAAUCCAUCUUAUGGCGAUAUUGAUGGUAGGCAAAAGGCAUUAGAACAACUUUCCAGCACGCUCAAGAGCCAGCAUAGUUUAGAUUUUAAUGAAAAUGCUUUAACAUCUAUCAUUGAACAGCUUCAGUCUUGGUACUACAAUACCAAGCAACGUAAAGAAAAUAAGAAUAGUAAAAUAAGUAAAUGCGAAGAGAAAUACUAUAAGAGAUGUAAGGGAUUUUUGCCCGCUGAGCGAUUGCGGAAUCGUUUUAUCUGCAGGGUAUGCAAGACAAAUUUCAACCUUCGCCAUAAAUUGCAGUGUCAUCUAUACAAAAUUCAUCAAAUCGGAGAACUGCCGUUUGGAUGUGACCGAUGCGACCAGAAAUUUGAAUCGAAUUUCCAAAUGGUUGCCCAUGUGCGGAGAAUACACGUUGGAAAGUCAUACCCUUGCAAAUUCUGUGACAAAAAAUUUGCACUUCCUUCGGAUUUAAGGACACAUACAAGCAUACAUUCGACCGAGAAACCACACACAUGCGAGUUAUGUGGCAAAUCAUUUAGACUAAAAACACAACUAAGAGAUCAUGUUACUGCAAUUCACACAAAAAUUCGAGCCUUUAAAUGCAAUAUGUGUCCCAAAGAUUUCCUCAGGAAGCGAGAUUUAUCCGAUCACAUAAAAGCACACCUAAAUAUCAGAGAUAAAAUUUGUGACACAUGUGGAAAAGGAUUUUGCAACAUAAACUCAUUAGUACGACAUCGUCAAAUUCAUUCCGAAGUUAAGAAGUUUGCCUGUAAACUGUGCGACGCCAAGUUUCAUCAAUUUGUAGGGCUAAAUGGUCAUAUGAAACGAACACAUAAUAUUGUUAAGAAGCCAUCAUAAGAAGAAUCUAAAACAAAGAAUUGGGUACAUAAAAAUAGAUUUUUCAAAGUAUAUUAAAAGAUUUGUGGAAAUUAAUGGAAU